AUGGCUAGCGUGGAUGAGAAUUUUAUUGAUGUCUAUAUUCUUGACCUGGGUGAACAAUUCGUGCACUGUCGUAUCACUAGUAAAGCUGUUAAUGAAUCUGUUAUUGCUACUGUUGUUUAUGGUGCAACUGAGGUGAUUGACCAUCGAAUUUUGUGGACUGCACUGGAAACACUCGCCCAGCAGUGCUCAGACGUCCCGUGGUUGGUGGGAGGGGACUUUAAUGCAGUACGAGACCUUAAUGAGGUAUGUGGCAUUUCAGGAGAUAUAAGGAUGGCCACAGCAGAAUUUAAUACUGGUAUUCUGGAGGCGGGCCUGAUUCCACUUCCAAUGCAAGGUGAAUGGUUUACAUGGCAUAAUUGCAGUACAACCGCGCGGAGUUUAUGGAAGCGGUUGGAUCGGAUCCUUAUUAACGAUUGUUGGCUGGCAAGGUUCCCUACCUCAUCCUAUCAUAGUCUUACACCACGGACAUCUGACCACUCGCCACUGGUUCUACAUGGGGAUACACAACAACUUAAUGGAGGUAUGUUUCGAUUUGAUAACUAUCUGGCCCUUUCACCUGAAUUCAUUCCCAAUGUACAGAGCAUUUGGCAUCAUGAGGUUGUUGGUAUACCUAUGUAUACCGUGACACGUAAACUGAAGGCACUUAAACCGGUCUUCCGACUACAGAGGAGGAAUAAGGGGGAUUUGACGCUGAAUGUCCAAUUAGCCAAAGGUUUUCUCGAUGAGGCACAACAAUUGGUGAGCUUUGACAGACAGAAUGAGCUCUACUUGCUCCUGAAACAUUGCUGUCGAAUCGUUUAUGCUAAGGCGGCAAAACUCGAACAAAUUAUGUUGCAACAAAGAGCUAAGAUGCAGUGGAUGAAAGACGGAGACCAAUGUUCCAGGGUUUUCUUUCGGAAGAUUGCUUAG